CCCGGCCCAGCAGGACUGCAGCAUUCAAGAAAAAAUAGAUUUAGAAAUUCGAAUGCGCCAAGGAAUAUGGAAACUCCUUUCUCUGAGCACUCAGAAAGACCAGAUUUUACAUGCAGUAAAGAAUCUCAUGGUGUGCAAUGCUCGAAUAAUGGCUUACACAUCAGAGCUACAGAAAUUAGAGGAGCAGAGUGCAAAUCAAAGUGGAAGAUGUGAUGUGAAUUUUGAAAGUAAAGAACGAACAGCAUGUAAAGGAAAGCUUGCCAUAUCAGGUAUUAGAAUACCGCUAAUGUGGAAAGACUCUGAUCACUUCAGCAAUAAAGAACAAUCACAGCGCUAUGCCAUUUUUUGUUUGUUAAAAAUGGGAGCUGAAGUUUUGGAUACUGAUGUGGUCAUUGUCGAUAAAACAACCACAGAUAUAUGUUUUGAAAAUGUAGCCAUAUUUAAUGAAGCAAGGCCAGACUUUCAGAUAAAGGUGGAAGUGUAUAGUUGCUGUACAGAAGAGUCUUCUAUAACCAACACACCAAAAAAAUUAGCUAAGAAACUGAAGACAUCUCUAAGUAAAGCUACAGGGAAGAAAAUAAAUUCAUUGCUUCAAGAAGAUCAUGAAGCAUGUUUGUCCUUCGGUUCUGUUAUUUCUGGUGCAAAGUAUCAUUUACUAGCUCAUACUGCACUGACCUUGGAAAAUGCUGAGGACAAUUUCAAGACCCAUAAUCUGUCUAUUAAUGGAAAUGAGGAGUCUUCAUUUUGGCUUCCCUUAUUUGGCAACAUGUGCUGCCGAUUAGUCGCCCAGCCAGCUUGUAUGGCUGACGAUGCAUUUGCAGGAUUUCUUAAUCAGCAGCAAAUGUUAGAAGGCCUGAUUAGUUGGAGAAGGUUGUAUUGUGUUUUGAGAGGAGGUAAACUCUAUUGUUUUUACACUCCAGAAGAAAUUGAAGCUAAAGUGGAACCAGCUUUGGUAGUGUCCAUUAACAAGGAGACCAGAAUUCGAGCAAUGGAUAAAAAUGCCAAGAAAAGAAUCCAUAAUUUCUCUAUCAUCAACCCUGUUGCAGGACAGGCUGUAAGUCAUAUUUUUGCAGCUGACAAUAGAGAAGAUCUUCAGAAGUGGAUGGAAGCCUUCUGGCAGCAUUUCUUUGAUCUUAGCCAAUGGAAGCAUUGUUGUGAAGAACUUAUGAAAAUUGAGAUUAUGUCACCACGGCAACCACCUUUGUUCUUGACAAAAGAGGCGACCUCAGUCUACCAUGAUAUGAGCAUUGAUUCACCUUUAAAACUUGAAAGUUUAACUGACAUAAUACAAAAAAAAAUUGAAGAGACAAAUGGAGAGUUCCUUAUUGGUCAGCAUGAAGAAUCCUCACCAUCUCCUUGGGCCACACUCUUUGAUGGUGACCAUCAAGUGGCCAUCCAGAAAAAGAUCGUAUCUUCUGCAAGCAAGCAGCUACAUGAUGGAAAAAGGAAAAAGAGACGGGCUCCCCUUCCUCCUCCUGAUAAAGUUCCAUUCAGCUUAAAAACACAGAGUAACCCAGAUGCAUUGGUUAAAGACAACCGGGAAAAAACAAGUGUAUCUCAGUCCUCUUCUUUGGAUACCAAAUUAUCAACCCUAGUGCAUCACUUACAGAAACCAAUGGCUGCUCCUCGAAAACUUCUUCCUGCCAGGAAAAAUAGUUUUACGGAUGGUGCGCAAACAGACACUAAAACCAAUUUUGAAGCCAAGCCAGUGCCAGCUCCAAGGCAGAAAUCUAUCAGACACAUUUUAGACCCUAGAUCAUGGUUGCAGGCACAAGUAUAAAAAACCCGUAAUGCAGAAAACAUUAACAAAAUGUUUAACUGUGAAGCUUGAUUCAGAAGCACUGUAGGUGGAGUAAUAUUAUGAUUUCAGAAUUAUGAAAUCAUGUAGAUAAAUAAGAUAGUGUGAUUUAAAUCAAUAAUAAGCUAUUAGGUAUAAAAAUAUAUUAUAAUGAAGAAAUGAACUGCUCUUUUACUUCUGAUUUCUGAGAAUAUAAGUGGUUUCCCAAGCAGAGUGUAAGAGGCACCCUCUAGACAAUAUCCUAAUUGUUGGAAGGGUUAAUUUAUUCCUAAAUUAGUACCAGGCAGUGAACAAGAGCUUAGGCAGAAGAAAGCAUUAAAAUUUCUUUGGGGAGAGACUGUCUAGUAAUUUAAAAUGGUUAAAUAUGAGCCAUAUUCUCAUUGUGAGAAUUUUAAUACUAAUGGAAUUUCUCAAAAGUUUUAUUCAAACCACAAAUUAUAGAAUCCACCCAAGAAAACUUCUUAGCAUGCUGGAAUUCUCAUCUAAUGGUUCACUGGCUCUCAUCUAUUGUUUAACUAACUAUUUAACUCACUGACCUUUUAAAUUCCUUGGAUACAUUUUGGGAUAUUAAGUUCUUCAUAUUUAAAGGGAAUUUGUAAUGUGCUAGUCAAAGUUUUCUCCUUGAUGAGCUCUGAAAUCCUGUAGACAUUAACUCUCAUAGUGCAACAUACAUUUAUUAGUUUAGAGAAAAGGUAGAUGAAAUAUUCUUUACUCCAUUUUUCUAUGCAUGGUGCUAAUUUCCACUGUGAUAUUGGAAUUUGGGGAAGUGAGUAGCUGAUUAACACCUUAAAAUUCAUCUAAUACUUGUUUUAAAAGCAGGUGGUCGAUUAAAAGAUAUCAGAAAAGUGGGCCAUCAUAAUAACUUUCAGAAUUAAUCCCCUUUUAAAAAUUUUAAUUAAAUUUCCUUUUCUAGUAAGGGUUGAUGUCUGCUAUUGAUAUUAUUCAUUAAAAGUCAUAUUCUUACAAUAAUGACAUCGAAAUCAUUUCCAUAGGAGGUAAUUUCCAUAGCAACCAAUCACAGUCACCCAAACAAUUAUGAAAUCAAGUGAGGAAUAAAUAGCAAGAGAUUGAAUAUUUUACAGGAACAAAAAAUUCAUUUUUUAUAAUAAUACUUCUUUUAAACAAGAGCUGAACAGAAUCUAAUCAGAAUUUCCAAAUAAAAGUUUCCAUAAGGUGUCAGCAACAGCACUAAAAAUCUCAAAUCACAGUGAACCUUAAAUGUCAUUGCAAGAAAUAAGUAUUAAAUUACUGCCCUGCAUAUAAUCUCUAGAGAUCUUUUUUAAACCCGUAAGAGCUCUAUUUGGAUCAGAACUACAUUAUUACAAAGUAAAAUGAACACUUGACAAAAAUAACAUUAAUUUAAAUGGAGCCUUUCGUUAUUUUUAGAUAGCAAAGUCUUUUUUCAUUUAUAUGGAAUGAUGUAACUGCCAGGUUACUUUUGUGUUUGCUCAGGACUCUAGUAAGAAUUAGGACUCCAGGGAGCAAUGAUACAAAAGGUCUCUUGUGACUGGCGACAUCAGGGUAGACAUAGUAUUUGAUGAGAAGGAAACCCUAUAUGCUUGUCUGAUAGAAUUUAGACACAAUCACAUGUAUAAAAACCUAAGUAAGAAAGUAGGAUUAAUUUGUUUUUUCUAACUAGAAGGUUCUUGUAAAUUUCUGUUGUGAUUACCAAUUUAGUAAAUAGCAUAUUAAAAAUCUAAAGGAUA